AUGCUGGAGGCCGCACCGGGCGACCACAUAGCCAUCAUCCAUCUGGAAAACGGUCAUACCACUCUCCCCCAGAACCAGCCCAAGAAGCCCCUCAACCGCGGUACCGUCUUCCUUUACGGCACCAGCCAGCCCAAGGAGGAGGAGCGCCUCUUUGAUGUCCAUCUUGUCUGGAACAAGCAGGGCACUGGUGGUGACGGCCGUGGCCGCCUCCUGGCCACCCGCAACUACGACGACGGCCAGUGCUAUCAACCAAACAGCGGCUCUAUCAGCAUGGAGCGGGCUACCAAGCUGGCUUCUGAGGGCGCCCAGCACGACAUCGAACUUGGCUGCCAGUCUACCCUCCAGCUGCCCACCGACCUCAAGCCCGGCUCCAUCUACACCAUCUACUGGUACUGGGACUGGCCUGAUCUGAACGCCGACGCCAUCGACUUCCAGGCUACCACCAACGGCCUCUUCCCCUGGGCUGGCACCUUUAUGCGUGGAGAGAAGGAUCCUCACGGCUUCACCAUGGCUGCCAUCGCCAAGAAUGAGAGUUACGCCAGCACCAUCGACAUCAAGAUCACGGCUGCAGACCCUCAGGCCGCCACCAUGGGAUCAUACGUCGAUGAUCAAGACAUUUACACCAAGGCUCUCAAGUCCCAGAUGGACAGCAACUUUGAGGUUGCCGUCGAUGCCAACGGAGGCAAGGACGCGACCGCCCCUGGCCCACCUCCUGCCGCUCCCAUUCCCUCUAUCCCCUCUUCGGGUCCCAUCCAGCCUCCCCAGGUUGCACCCAUCAGCACCGUUACUUCCUUCACCACCAUGCAGCCAACUAUCACGACGACACGCUAUGGCACACAGACUGCGGUUGUGCCAUCGUCGUCAGCGUCGCUGAACUUGGCUCAGCCUGGUCACACCGUCACCAAGUACAUUACAGUCCAUGUGCCGGCUUCGACGCCACCAGCAUCGACCGUAACUGCCACCAUAUACACGAUGGAGACCGUUUACAAGUCUCUCGUGCCUGUUAACCCUGCGCCCUCGACCGUCUUCGUGACGGGUCCGGGUGUGCCUGCUGCCACCCCGCCAGGCAAUAGCCCGGCUGAGAGGCCGACCACGACUCUCUCGCUCUUGAGCUCCAGCUCGAGCGUCGACCUGAACAACGGCCGUCCAACUGUGACGCCGUUCAUCCCGGGCCAUCGUCGCCGCGACUGGGCAUUCGGCCGCCACUAA